CCUCUUCCUGAACCCUGUAUGAAAGCGAGAGAGGGUGACUACAACCGCCAAAUAAAACUGUGUCUUAAAGCUCAUUUGGACGCGAUGACGAGUGCAGAUGACGUGCGUGAAACCGUGAAGAAAUACUAUGGCGGUCGACUGGAGUCCUCAUGUGACCUGCAAACAAGUGCUGCCUCCUGCAGUCUGUCCUGCAGCCCAGUGCCCAGUGUCGCAGAGGCCCUGAGGCUGGUUCACCCAGAGGUGACCAAAAGAUUCUUCGGGUGCGGCCUUCCCUUCCCCGCGAAGCUCGAGGGCUGCAGAGUGCUGGACCUCGGCAGCGGCUCCGGUAGAGAUUGUUAUGCCUUCAGCAAACUUGUUGGCCCGAGUGGACACGUGACAGGGAUCGAUAUGACGGAGGAGCUGAUCACUGCCUCUCGUCAGUACAUUGAGUAUCAUCAGAAGAAGUUUGACUACAAGGAGUCCAACGUGACCUUUGUCCAGGGUUACAUGGAGAAGCUCGAGGAAGCUGGCAUACAGAGUGACUCAAUGGAUAUUGUGCUAUCCAACUGUGUCAUCUGUUUGUGUCCUGAUGAGAGAGCAGUGCUGCAGCAAGCCUACAACGCCCUCAAGGAGGGAGGUGAACUGUACUUCAGUGACAUGUAUGCCAGCAAAGUUGUUCCUCAACACAUGAAGGAUGAUGCAGUCCUGUGGGGUGAAGGAAUGGGUGGCGCCUUGUUUUGGCAAGACCUAAUUGCAUUGGCCCAUAGCAUAGGUUUCAGCACUCCACAUCUUGUCUCAGCAAGCCACAUUGUGAUCUACAACAAUGAUCUCAAGGCAAAGGCAGGUGAUAUCAGCUACGCUUCAGGGACCUACCGGCUCUUCAAGCUGCCCAGACGUCCAGUCACGUCAAAGGCAACAGUGACCUACAAAGGAACUGUGGGAGAUUUCCCAGAUCAGCUGGACUUUGAUUCAUCACACUGUUUCAAGAAAGAUGUUGCAGUGGAGGUAGAUGGAGAGAUGGCAGCAACUCUCCAGAGUUCUCGUUUCUUCCCUGAUUUUGAAAUUGAGAUGCUGGAUAAACCUGAGUCCCUCUCAGAGUCAACACCACAGUACUGCCACCUCAACCCGUUUCUGUUGGCUGACAGACUGGGCUCUUGUGUCAAACAAUGCUCCAAAACAAGCAAAGGAAAAGUCUAAUGAAUACAGAAGAAAUUGAUUUGAAGACUCUACUCAAUUUUUUUUUGCUGAUUUAGU